AGGAUAUUUCGGGGUGGAAUAGGAGCUUGAGACAGGGUGCUGCAGACCCCUCUAUCUUAUAUAGAGUGAGAGAUCUCAAGAACUAAGUAAGUAUGGGUAACUCAGAGUCCAAAGAGAGACGAUUGUUCAUUGAUAUUAUUGUUCAUAUGCUUAGACAAAGAGGAAUAAAGGUAAGUGGAUCACAAAUUUCUAGAUUUUUGCAUUUCGUGCAAGAACAAUGUCCUUGGUUUCCAGAAGAGGGAACUGUAAAUGUGGAAACCUGGGAAAAGGUAGGGCAGCAAUUAAAAACUUAUUAUACUUUACAUGGGCCAGAGAAGGUUCCUGUAGAUACUUUUUCUCUCUGGAAUUUGGUUAGAGAUGCCUUAGAUCCUGUACAUGAGAGUACCAGGUUGGAUACUAAAGUUGCAACCUCCUAUGGCACCAUACCUGUAGGUUCUAAAGCAGUAAUGGCUAUGAAGGCUCAGGAAGAUUCGGAUCAGGAAGGAAAUGAUAUUGAUUUAGCUGGGGAAGAAAUUAAAUAUGAAAUGGAAAAACAAGGGGAAGAUUAUCCUCCUCUUGAAAAACUGACCCUUAAAUCACCCCCACGAAGUAAUAUUCCACCUGGAGAUUUUAUAAUUAAUGAUCACCCUAGACCUCCAGGGAAAUUGCCUAAUAAAAGUUGUGUCUCCUUAAUGCAAAAAACUAAGCUACAAGCUAUUGAAGCAGGAGACAUAGACUUCUCAUUGUGUUUUCCGGUAACAUAUGGCCCACAGAAGGAGUCUGAUCCGAGGGCUGGGGAUCCUCAAUGGACUCCUGUUCCCUACAAACUUAUAAAAGAGCUAAAAAUGGCAUGUUCAGCUUAUGGAGUCAGUGCUCCUUAUACCUUAGCAUUAGUGGAUUCUCUUACAGACUAUUGGAUGACUCCUUUUGAUUGGACUCAGAUAGCUAAGAGUUGUCUUUCUGGUGGUCAAUACUUGUUAUGGAAAGCAGAAUAGAAAGAGCAAAUCAAACUUUAAAAACAUUUAUAUCUAGAUUGCAAGCCUCUGAUUUCAAGUAUAACUCUCCUCACCAUAUUCUUACUCAUGCUCUAUUUGUUCUUAAUUAUGUUAAUCUAGGACAUGAUGAUCUUAAUAAUAUGCAACGACACUGGGAACCAAGAAAUACUGUCAAACCUACAGUAAUGUGGAAAGACCUUUUAUCUGGUAAAUGGAAAGGGCCUGACAUUUUGCUUACUUCUGGCAGGGGAUAUGCUUGUGUCUUUCCUAAGGAAGCUGAUUCUCCACUUUGGUUACCAGAUAGGCAUAUUAAAUAUGUAAAUUCCUUUCCCAGUAAAGUACCUAUAACCACUAGAAAUGAACAAGAGCAGGAAACGGCGCAAUUGUGACAAACCUCCUGUUGCAGAAUUUAAAAGGCUCUCACUGGAGAAACCUGAUCUUUUUCGCCUCAAGACAGCGGCCACCUUGGCUGCCCCCCCUCCAACAUGGGGACAGCUUAAGAAGUUGGCUGCUCAGGCUGAACACUUGGUUUUAAGCCAAGGCUGCACACUCAGUCCUUCUGUUUUGUUCGUUGCUAUGCUAUCAAUCCUCGCGUGUCAAGUAAGUACCUGUAGUGCAGAACAAUUCUGGGCUUUCUUUCCUAAUCCUCCUCACUUUCAUCCAGUAACCUGGGAUGAUAAUACUACACAUUUUAUUGUUAAUAAUACUGCUAUUAUGGAAGGUCCAAAAAUCGUAUACUCUGAUUCUCAUACUACUCCAACUAUUAAUUAUAAUUAUACCUACUUGGGAACUUCGCCUUCUAUGCCUAUUUGUUUUUCUAUCCCUACUGUUUGGCCAUACUCCCAAAACUUUCCACAAUGUGUCGGACUUCAAACCACAGGUAUAAUUUUUGACCAUCCACCACCAUCUAAAUUUGAGUCAUCAUCUACGAGAGGUAAGCAAAGUCAAUCGGAAGAGAGGCAUUUACAAAUGGUUCGCCUUAUAGCACCGGGGAUUGAAGCAACUCCGUCUUCUUCAAAGUCCUCGCCCGAAGUCUCCAAAAGCUAACUGCUGAAGUUCAACUGCUUGCUUUAAAAAAUAAAAAAGGGGGAAAUGAAGGAACCAGCCGAAUGAAGUCUCAUUCUGCGCUGCCAUGAGGACAAAGGUCCUCUCUCGGGAAUCACUGCAAGGCAGUGACCCGUCGCCAAACCGCCUGCUGCUAGUUUUGCUUUUACUCUCUAUUCUCCUUUUCACCUAUGGGGAAGCCUGGAAACUGGAGACAUAUGUAAAAUAUUUACUAGAUCCUAAUGAUAGGAUGUGUAUGUGGAGUGAUUGGGGUCCUUAUACUAAUUAUGGGAUGAGGGGACUUUGCCAGAGGAAAUUGAAAGGGGGUUUUCAAUCACUUUGUAUUGGGUUCAUUUAUAAUCAGAAAUAUUAUUCUGUGAGUCAUCUUACUAGUACUAGAUAUACUGCUUGGAAAGUUCCUUGGAAAUUAGUCAAAGAUAUGUUUGGAUGUUGCCCCUGGCAAUGUAUUGUGUUCUAAGUUUAUGACUAAUCCUAAAGGUUGCCAUUGUGAAGUGUACAAUGGAUUAGAAGACAACCUGUACCCUAAUGUGUAUAAAUAAAUUGUAAAACUCUGACUGCGUCAAUAUGAACACAACAACAUUGUAAAGCUUCUUAGAAAAGUUAUCAUGACCCUGAGAACCUGGUGAACUUUACACAAGAAUUGUAAUAAGAUAAAUGACCCUGUUUGUGACAUUGUUAAAGAUUUCUUUUCAUUGUAUCUACCUUAUGUAAACUGAGGAAAUAACCUUUGAGGAACUUUCUGUGAACUUUGUACCUUCCCCUUUCCCUGAAAAUAAUCAUGUUAGACUAUAUAUGUCGGUACACUCA